AUGUCGGACGAAGAAGACUAUGAUAUUGCAGGAACACUUGCGUUAGCAGGAUCUGACUCAGAACCUGAAUCAGAUUUAAAUUCCGAUAAUGAAGAAGUACAGGAUGAAAUAGUCUCUGAUGAAGAUGAUACCAAGCAUAAACCAAAUAAGAAACAGAAAUUAGAGAAAGGUAAAUCGAAGCAAACAUUCCCAUCGUUAGAGUUAUCAGAUGAUGAAGCUGAGAAUGAAUCGAAGGAUAUGGCGUCCUAUUUCGUAGCAAAUAAUCCGCAAGCUAAAAAAGCUAAGAAUGGUUCAUUUCCGUCAUUUGGGUUUUCUAAAUUUUUGUUAACGAACAUAUCCAAAAAAGGGUUUAAACAGCCUACGCCUAUUCAGAGAAAAACAAUUCCGUUGAUUAUGGAAAACAGGGAUGUAGUUGGUAUGGCUAGAACGGGUUCUGGUAAAACAGCAGCCUUUACUUUGCCAUUAGUUGAGAAAUUGAAAAGUCACAGUCCAAGAGUUGGUGUCCGUGCUAUUAUUUUAUCGCCUUCAAGAGAAUUAGCAUCGCAGACAUUUAAACAAGUUAAGGAAUUUAGUAAAGGUACUGAUUUAAGAUCUAUUGUCUUGAUUGGUGGUGAUUCUUUAGAAGAACAGUUUUCUUCUAUGAUGACCAACCCAGAUGUCAUAGUGGCUACUCCUGGUCGUUUCUUACAUUUAAAGGUUGAAAUGGAAUUGGAAUUAAAAACAGUAGAGUAUAUUGUUUUUGAUGAAGCCGAUAGAUUAUUUGAAAUGGGUUUCGCAGAACAAUUGAAUGAAUUAAUUGCUGCAUUACCGUCAUCUAGACAAUCCCUUUUAUUCUCUGCUACCUUACCAAGAUCUUUGAUUGAUUUCGCUAAGGCUGGUUUAACUAACCCGGUUUUGGUCAGAUUGGAUGCUGAAACUAAGAUUUCUGAUCAAUUGCAAAUGGCCUUCUUCUCGAUCAAAAAUAAUGAGAGAGAGGCAAGUUUGUUAUACGUUUUGCAGGAAGUUAUCAAGUUACCAUUAGCAUCACCUGAAGAAGUUAAAAGAUAUUCUGACAUGGAGAAGAGAGAUAAUGGAUCUGAAGACGAAGCUGAAGACGAAAACAAUAAUAAGAAAAAGAGGUUUAAGUUUAAAAAAGAAAGAUUGCCUCCAGCUAAUAUGUUACCAUCGAAGCAUUCUACAAUUAUUUUCGUGCCAACUAAACAUCAUGUAGAAUAUGUGACCACGUUAUUGAAAGAUGCUGGAUACUUGGUAUCUUAUAUUUAUGGUACCCUUGAUCAGCAUGCGAGAAAACAACAAUUAUAUCAAUUUCGUAUUGGAAUGACUAGUUUGUUAGUAGUUACUGAUGUUGCUGCUCGUGGUAUUGAUAUUCCAAUUUUAGCUAACGUUGUUAAUUAUACAUUACCUGGUUCAUCUAAGAUUUUUAUCCAUCGUGUUGGUAGAACAGCAAGAGCAGGUAAUUCAGGUUGGGCAUAUUCUAUUGUGAAUGAAAAAGAAUUACCGUACUUAUUGGAUCUAGAAUUAUUUUUGGGUAGGAAAGUGUUAUUAACGUCCAUGCAUGAAAAGAAAUGUGAAAUGUUGAAAACUAAACAAUCAUCGAACUACGUAGAACCAAAAGUAUCUUAUACAGAUAGAUUGGUUCUUGGAUCAAUCCCCAGAGUUGACAUUGAAACUUUUCAAGAGUUAUAUGAAAAUAUAUUAAGGAACCAUUAUGAGUUAAGCGUUGUUAAAGGUGUCGCAACUAAAGGUGAGAAAUUAUAUUACCGUACAAGACAGUCAGCAUCCCAAGAGUCGUUGAAAAGAUCAAAGGAAAUUUUGCUGACUGGUAACUGGGAUGAUCAGCAUUUGCUAUUUGGGCCUAAUUUAGAGAAAGAAAAGGAAAAAUUCUUAACUCAACUUUUAAAUAGAAAGUCUAAAGAGACUGUUUUUGAGUUCAACAAAAAAGGUAACGAUAGAGAUGAGGAUAGUUUAGUCGAGUUUAUGCAUAAAAGAAGAAAGCAAAUUGCACCUAUUCAAAGAAGAGCCAAAGAGAAAAGAGAAUUGUUAGAAAAAGAAAGAAUGGCAGGUUUGACUCACGGUAUUGAAAAUGAAAUCUUGAAAAAUGAUGGUGAAAUCGGCUAUUCAGGAAUAACUAUUGAAGCAGAUGAAGAGGAAUUACAAGAUGCUUUUGAAGAUGCGGAUGAGUUAAUCGAGAAAAAGAAGAUUGAAAAGAAAAAGAGUUUCAGAGAUCCCCAAUAUUUCCUUUCACACUAUGCUCCAGCGGCUGUUAUUCAAGAUCAACAAUUAUCGUUAUCAUCAUCAUUUGCAAAUGAUGCAGCAAAGGCAACAUUUGAUUUAGAUAAUGAUGAAAAAUUGAACGCUAACAAACAGGUCAUGCAAUGGGAUAGAAAAAAGGGAAAUUAUGUCAACGCACACUCAACUGAUAAGAAAUUUAUUAUUGGUGAAAGUGGUCAAAAGAUUCCAGCGACAUACAGAUCUGGUAGAUUUGACGAUUGGAAGAAGCAAAGAAACUUAAAACCAACUAAGACAGGUGCAAUGGAAGCGAAUGCCACAAAUGGCAAUGAUAGAAGGUUUAAGCAUAAGAAAGUUGCAUCUCCAAAGUUACCUGAUAAGUUUAGAGAUGAUUACCAUAAGCAAAAAGAAAAGGUUAAGAAGGCUGUUGAUUCGGGAUUAAAAGUUAAAGGCUAUAACAAACCAGGCCAGAAACAAGAGCUUAGAUCAACCGAAGAUAUUAGAAAGGCGAGAGAAGCUAAAGAUAAGAAGAAGCAGAAGAAUGCUCGUCCAAGCAGAAAGCGUAAAUAG